AUGGGUGUUUGUGUGACAAAAAUGGAAGCAUAUGAUCAUUUGAAAGUGGUAGGAUUUAUCAAGGGUUAUAAUAAUUGGAUAGCACAUAGAGAACUUUCAAACUACAAUGAAGCCACAUCUAAUUCUGAAAAUACAUCAACUGGGGUUUCAAAUGGGACUAAUGACAUGCAAGACUUGGUCCAUGAUGUAUUUGAGAUACCACAUGGAACAAAUGAAUUGAAUAGAGAAGGGGACAUUCCUGUUUCAGAGGCUGAAAAAUUUUACAAAUUGAUUGAUGAUUCUCAACAGGAUUUGUACAGGGGUUGCAAAAAUUUCUCGAAAUUGUCUUUCAUUAUUCGUUUGCUUCACCUAAAAUGCCUGGGUAAGAUGAGUAACAAGAUUUUUAAUAUGCUUGUUGAGCUGUUGAGAGAAGCAUUUCCAGAGGCCAUGACUAAUUUGCCGUCUUCUUACUAUGAGGCUGAGAAAUUGAUGAAUACAUUGGGGUUGGGUUAUGAAAAGAUCGAUGCAUGUCCUAAUGAUUGUUCUCUUUAUUGGGGUAGUGCUGAGAAAAGGACUUCAUGCGAAACAUGUAACGAGCUUAGGUGGGUUGCUUCAGAAAAUGAUCCAACUGGGGAAAAAAGGAAAAUUCCUCAAAAAGUGUUGUGGCAUUUUCCCUUAAAACCUAGAUUACAAAGACUAUUUAUGUCUUCUAAAAUUGCAUCUCAAAUGAGAUGGCAUGAGGAAAAACGUACAAAAGAUGGUUGUAUGAGACAUCCAGCUGAUUCUCCAGCUUGGCAAACUUUUGACCAUCUACAUCCAGAAUUUGCUAAGGAUUGUCGAAAUGUUAGAUUGGGGUUGGCAUCUGACGGGUUUAAUCCAUUCAACAACAUGAGUUCUACACACAGUACUUGGCCUGUAGUUUUAAUACCAUAUAACUUACCUCCGUGGAUGUGUAUGAAGCAACCGUACUUCAUGUUGUCCUUGUUAAUACCCGGACCAUCCUCUCCUGGGAAUAAUAUUGAUGUUUAUCUACAGCCUCUAGUUAAAGAAUUGACCGAAUUGUGGGAUUUUGGCAUUCAAACUUAUGAUGCAUCCCAAAAAGAAAAUUUUCAAUUGCAUGCAGCUCUGUUGUGGACCAUUAGUGAUUUCCCUGGAUAUGCAAUGUUAUCUGGCUGGAGCACUAAAGAUAGUAAGCAUAAAUUUAGAAAGCAAGCCCAAUUCUUUGAUGGCACCGAAGAACAUGGAAAGCGACCACCAUUGCAAACCGGGGAUAUGAUUGUGAGUGAAUUGGGAGACUUGCAAAUUAAAUUUGGAAAACUUGUGAAAGGUAAUCCGAAGCUGCCUUUCAAUUGGAAAAAGAGGAGUAUUUUCUUUGACUUGCCAUAUUGGAAAGAUAAUGUCUUAAGACACAAUCUUGACUUCAUGCACAUUGAGAAGAAUGUUUGUGAAAAUAUUUGGGGGACAUUGCUGGAUAUUGAGGAUAAAGCAAAGGACCAUUAUAAUUCCCGCCGUGAUUUGAGAGAAAUGGGAAUAAGAAAAGAGCUGCAUCCCAUUGAGACAGAACCUGGAAAGGUGUACUUACCUCCAUCUUCCUUUGCAAUGGAUAAAAAACAGAAAACUAUGUUUUGCAAUGUGCUAAAAAAAGUGAAAGUUCCAGAUGGUUAUGCAGCUAAUGUCUCAAGAUGCGUUCGAGUAAAACCACCAAGAAUUUCAGGGCUUAAAAGUCAUGAUAAUCAUAUCCUAAUGCAGCAAUUGAUGCCUAUAGCUUUGAGAAAGACUUUGCCAAAAUCAGUGCGCUAUCCUUUGAUUCGAUUGAGUAGAUACUUCAGGCAGCUUUGUUCUAAAGUUAUUUGUCCUCAAGAUGUGGUUCGUUUGGAAAGUGAAAUUGCCGUCAUACUCUGCGAUCUUGAGAAAUGCUUCCCACCAACCUUCUUCGAUGUCAUGGUGCAUUUAGUUGUUCAUUUGGCAACUGAAGUGAAAUUAGGUGGCCCGGUGUAUUAUCGUUGGAUGUAUCCUAUAGAGAGGCCUGAAGGUUCGAUUGCUCAAGGGUACUUGGCAGAAGAAUGCAUUAACUUUUGCUCAUUGUAUCUUGCGGACUAUGUUGAGACAAAAUUCAAUCGUCCAAGCAGAAAUGAAGAAGUACAUAAGGAAAUUGAAGAUGGUUUAGAUAUAUUCUCUGAAUCAGGACAUCCUUUGGGGAGGGGCAAGCCAACAGUCUUUGAUGCUCAUAUCUUGAGUAAAGCACAUCAGUAUAUUUUAUUUAAUUGUGAUGCUGUCACACCUUACAUAGAGUAA